UGAAGAAAUAAAGAUGCCUAAUUAUCACUUCUUUCUUGUGUUCUUUUGCUCCUCCUUCUCCUUCAUCUGUUGCUCAUUUAACAAGCAUGGUGGUGGAGUAUUACUACCUGCACUUGGGAUGGCACAAAACACUACAAUAGUACAUGUUGAUUUGGUUCUUGAUCUUGAAAGUCUAGCUGGGAAGAGAAGCCAUGCAAGCAUUUCCAUGGCACUUGAUGAUUUCUAUGCUUGUCAUCCUUCCUACAAAACAAGGCUUCUCAUUCAUUCAAGGGACUCCAAGCAAAAUAUCAUCCACGCCGCCUCCGCCGCUCUGGACCUCUUGAAGAACUUUCAAGCUCAAGUGAUCCUAGGCCCCUUAACAUCACCUCAAGCAGUGUUCAUCACCGAUCUCGGCAAUGAGACCCAAGUCCCGAUUGUCUCCUUCUCCGUGACGAGCCCCUCCAUAUCACCGGAAAAUACUCCCUACUUCGUCCGCACCACCGUCAAUGACUCAUCUCAGGUAGGUGCCAUCUCCUCCUUGGUUAAGUCCUUCGGUUGGCGAGAAGUUGUAUUGGUAUAUGAGAACACUGAGUAUGGUUCCGGCGUCAUCCCCUACCUUGUCGAUGCCUUUCAAGAAAUCGAUGCCCGAGUUCCUCAUCAGAGUGUUAUCUCUCCAUCAGUGAAUGACGAUCAGCUCAAUGAGGAACUCUACAAGCUCAUGACUAUGCAAACAAGAGUGUUCGUCGUCCACAUGCGCUCAUCCCUCACUUCCCGCCUUUUCUUGAAGGCGAAAGAGAUUGGAAUGAUGGAAGAAGGAUAUGUCUGGAUCAUGACUGAUGGAAUUGGCAAUAUGAUUGAUUCCUUGGAUCCAAGAAGCAUCGAUGCAAUGCAAGGUGCGGUGGCCGUGAGGUCAUACGUGCCCAGGUCGCAAACGAUAGCUAAUUUCACAACAAGGUGGAAGACAAGAUUCCGGCUAGAGAAUCCAAGCAGUGAGCCAGCAGAUCCCAGUGUGUUCGAGUUAUGGGCUUAUGACACUGUGUGGGCAUUAGCAAUGGCAACGGAGAAAGCCGGAGUUUCGAACUCUAGCUUCCGAAGGCUACCCGGAGGUGAUAACUCUACAGACUUGGGAGACCUUGGCAUCUCACAAAAUGGCCCUGAGCUUCUUGAAACUCUCCUGAGCACAAGAUUCAGAGGUCUCAGCGGUGAAUUUUGCCUUGUCAAUGGUCAGCAACAAUCGUCAGUGUUUGAGAUUGUGAAUGUCAUCGGCAAAGGGGCGAGAAAUAUUGCCUUCUGGACACCGGAGUUUAAAAUCUCUAAGCAAUUCAACUCAGCUUCACCUGCAAAUCUGAAGACUAUAAUAUGGCCUGGGGAUACUAUAACAGUGUCAAAGGGAUGGGAAAUACCAACAAAUGGAAAGAGGCUGAAGAUCGGAGUACCUGUGAAGAUCGGGUUCAAUGAGUUUGUGAAUGUGGUACAUGAUAAUACCACUAACAGGACAACAGUUACCGGGUACUGCAUUGAUGUGUUUGAAGCCGUCAUGCAGUCACUGCCAUAUGCUGUUCAAUAUGACUAUAUUCCUUUUGAGAAACCCGGCCAAAGUUACACUAAUUACACUGAUCUGGUCUACCAAGUUUUCCUGCAGGUCAGAAGAGAUAAAUAUGAUGCGGUGGUCGGGGACGUGACUAUCAUCGCCAACCGAUCAAAUAACGUUGAUUUCACACUUCCAUACACCGAGUCUGGUGUGUCAAUGAUAGCCCUUGUCAAAGAGAACAAGAGGAGGAACAUGUGGAUCUUCUUGAAGCCAUUAACUACUAACCUUUGGCUUGGGACACUGAGCUUCUUCUUCUUUACUGGGUGCGUAGUGUGGUUGAUUGAACACCGUAUCAACCCGGAGUUUCGUGGGCCACCAUCACAGCAGCUCGGAAUAAUCUUCUACUUCGCCUUUUCCACACUUGUCUACGCUCACAGAGAGAGGUUGAAAAGCAAUCUGUCAAGGGUAGUGGUGGUGAUAUGGGUGUUUGUUGUCUUGAUCCUCACAUCUUCAUACACGGCAAGCCUGACAUCGAUGCUCACCGUGCAGCAGCUCCAACCGACAGUCACCAACUUGACUGAGAUCUUGAAGAAUGGAGAGCAUAUUGGUUAUCAGGAUGGAUCCUUUGUUGUGGAUAUGCUCAGGGGAAUAGGCUUCAAAGAUCGUCAGAUGAAGAAUUACAGCACCCGGGAAGAGUACAAUGAAGCACUCAUCAAGGGCACCACAAAUGGAGGAGUUGCUGCAAUUUUCGAUGAAAUUCCUUAUCUUAAGCUCUUUCUCUCAAAGUACUACGCUGACUUCACCAUGGUUGGAAAAACUUACAAGACCGACGGAUUUGGCUUUGUUUUCCCUUUUGGCUCACCUCUAUCACGGGACGUUUCCAGGGCAAUACUCAAUGUGACAGAGAGUGACACAAUGAAGGCGAUUGAGAGGAAAUGGUUUGGAGACUUGAAAAGUUGCCCAAGUGACAGCAGUAAACUCGGCUCAUCAAGACUCAACUUCAGGAGUUUCGGUGGACUCUUCCUCAUCACCGGAGUAGUCUCCGUGCUGGCACUGAUCCUCUUCUUCACCAUUUAUAUCUAUCAGAACUGGAAUGAACUUAGAACUGUUGCCACUAAGAGCUCAGUAUGGACAAGAAUAGGUGCAUGGAUCAAACAUUUCAGAGAUCUGAAUUCACAUACCUUCAGGCGUGAAGGACAGAUGACAAUGAGCAACAGGAAGAGCAAGCAGGAACCGCUCCAUACUGCAAGUGUCCCUGCAACGCCUGCCUUUGACAGUUGCCAGAGUCCAAUGAGCAUUCAACUUUCAGAUAUGAAUAGUGGUACACCAGAAGGAUUGUUUUCUGCUGAGCUGCGCAUUCAAUAUGUAGAGACACAAACAGAGGAUGCUCCCGUCAGGACAGCUAAACUAGCAAGUGUUGAAUAGGAAGUAUACAUUGUACUUAUUUCCCUGCUUCACAGCUCAUUUCAUGCCAUGUUGUGUAGCUAACUUCGGUUCAUCUGCAUGAAAAAAAGACAUGUAAGUGCAGAAGAAAAAUAGUAA